AUGUCCCUCGCCGGGAGCUUCGCCACACUCCUCUUGGGGCUGUGGAUCACCGGCGCCGUGCGCCCCUCCCGAGAAGACUUCCAACAGCUCCUAGAAGCAGAGGCAGCGCCUCCCGAUGUCCUCCCGAUUGCAGAGGCCGAGGAUUCGAAGCACCGAAACCUCGAGCUUGGGUUGCGUGAGGCGGGUGCUGCUUUUCUGGAAGGCGGAUCAGCAGACUACCCUCACUGCGAUGGACUUCCGCGCAAUGGCAGCCACGUCAUUGACACGGCCCGCAUCCUCAACAGCAGCUGCACAUGGCAUGGGCAUCCAGGGCUGCAGGUGACUCUCAAGGAGCCGCUGAUCUUCCAAGGCAACUUGACCUUGAUGGGUGAGAUACAGAUCGUGGGGGAGCAGGAGUUGGAUGGGCCCUGCAUCAAUGUGAGUGGGAAGAUGACGGUGCUUGCCGCGCACGCCAGCUUCGUGGGCUGCAGAAACGGCAUCGAGGAAGGAAAAGGCGGAGCUCUCUUCAUCCUGAAAGAUUUCAUCGUGGGCAACAGCCACGUCCAGUUCGAGAGCUGCGCCGCGUCAUCAGGGGGCGGCCUCUACACAGAAGGCAGCUUCUCACUAGAAGCACAGAGCACGGUCAGUUUCGAUAACUGCACAAGCACAAGCGCUUCGGCGGCAUUUUGGGAUCUUUAG